AUGGAUAUUGAACAUGAAACUAAAAAUCAGAUAUAUUCAACACGAAUUAUUAUUUCCUUAUUAAUUGUGUUAGUGAUAGUUCUUGCCAUCUAUACUGGAAUACAGCAGCAGACAAUAUUAGUUACAAUUCAAUCACCAUCUGUUGAACAAUUUAAUACAGUAGCAUACAAUUAUCCAAACACACUUAUUUGUCCUUGUUCAAAUUUAGCAAUAGAAUACAAUACAUUUAUAACAUUUAAUCUUGAGUAUCAUCAGAUAUGUUCAAGUGAUUUCAUUACUCCGGCGUGGAUCAGUUAUGUCGGUUAUUCUCACAACAUUAUUAUGAUCCACAAUCAUCUUGAUUUUCGUUCCGCAGGUAAUGGACUAUUUAUAUUGCUCGCUGAUUUUUGUAAAUUGGUAAAUCAAACAAUCGAUGAUGCUCUAAUCGUUUUUAAAUCAACCCAAUUCAUUUCUUCAAACGCCAUAUCGUCAACUCUUUUUAAUAUUCAGGUCAAUGCUUUAAUCGAUUUAUUCAUUCAAACGACAACAGAUACAUUUGGACGAUCAUUAAGUAUUGUACGUCAAACAACACAGGCAAAUCGCAUCAUGUCGGGUACACUCACAAGUUGGACCAUCUUAUUCGAAACGAACACAAGCAUACCGAUAAUGAUUGCACAAAAAUAUGGAACGUGUGAUUGUGGUAGUUCACCAUCUUGUUUUACACCGGCAGGAUUCUAUGAUGAGAACAUAUACAUAUUAAACUCAACAGUUCCAGGCUUUUAUUCGGGUUGUUAUAUACUUGAAUCAUUGUUCAAAUCAAAUUUCGAAUGUUUAUUUAAUGAAGCAUGUUUAAAUAAUUCAAUUAAAUUCCACCUGGAUGUAGUGUCGACAAUAAAUAUUCGUGUAUUAAAUAUAUCCGCAGCCACCAUCUAUAAGCCAAAUACUUCAAUCGAACAAAUUGUAUUAAAUAUGAUGAUAGAACAAUGGAAUCCAAACUCGUUUCAUAAAUCAUAUUAUGAUAAAUGUAAACCAAACUAUUGCACCUACACAUAUGUUAAGCGAUUUGGCAUAGUUUAUAUUAUAACAACAAUACUCGCAUUAAUUGGUGGUCUAAUUACAGUUCUUCAAAUUUUAGUAAUACGAAUUAUAGCAUUUAUACGCGCCAAAAAGAAACCCAUUGUUUCAACAAGAAGAGGCUUUAUGUCUCGUGACAUAAAAGGAAGAUAUGUCAUUGUUUGGUAUUUCUAUUCUUGUUAUGGUAGUGAUUACUUACAUGAUGAUGAACGAUGUGUUUGGUCAUUAAGAAAAAUAUUAACUGAGAGUAUCAUAUUGGCGAUCAUUGUAGCGGUUUUCGUUGGUAUAGGAGUAUCAUUGUCGUAG